UACUCCCUGAAGUAGACGCCGCCCUUACGAAUCGUCUCUGCUGCUGCCUUCCGACCGCUGCUGGUGGCCUACUGCCGUCACUGAAAGUCGAUCACUCCAUUCUGUUCCUAGAAUUCACAGAGGCGUUUUGCGUUUGCCAUCUUCCUCCCUUGCUCGAAUUGCGGAUUCACCAUCUCCUUCUCUAAAAUCUCCCUCCCUUUGCAAUCAGAAAAUUUAUUCAAGCAAUAUGGCCUCAUCCUUGGAGAUUACAGCUGCAGAGUUCUUACAGGGUUCAAGUCAUCAUAAGUUUUUCUUGCCAAGAGCUUUACCAAAGAGUAGAAGUUCCCAUUUUCUUUUUCGUUCAUCUCAACGCAAAAGAAACGAUUCGUUGAGAAUAUCCAACCAAGGUGUUCGACGAAAUGCUUCUAAGAAAGUCAAGGCUGUGGUAUCAGUAGAUGCACAAGAGUUGGGAAAUGUAGACAAGUCUGCUGCUGAACAAGUGAUCCAUUUUUAUAGAACUCCCUUGAUUCAAGAAAGUGCGAGUGAGGAGUUACUGAAGUCGGUUCAGACCAAGAUAUCCGAUCAAAUCGUGGGUCUGAAAACAGAACAAUGUUUUAAUAUCGGGGUUAAUGGGAAUUUGUCUAAUCAAAAGCUUUCAGUGCUUAAAUGGCUUUUACGUGAGACCUACGAGCCUGAUAAUUUAGGGGAUGAAAGCUUUAUCGCUAAAGAAAAGAAAGAAGGGUUCAACACAGUGGUAGUUGAAGUUGGACCAAGAUUGUCUUUCACGACAGCAUGGUCUGCGAAUGCUGUUUCCAUAUGUCAGGCUUGUGGUUUAUCAGAAGUAAACAGAUUUGAACGAUCAAGAAGAUAUCUUCUGUAUACUAAAGCCGGAAGUGUACCGCUUUUAGAUAGUCAAAUUGAUGAGUUUGCAGCGAUGGUGCACGAUAGAAUGACCGAAUGUGUUUAUCCCAAGAAACUUGUUUCCUUCAAAACAAGUAUAGUUCCUGAAGAAGUGUAUUACGUCCCCGUUAUGGAAAAGGGGCGGAAAGCAUUGGAGGAGAUUAACCAAGAAUUGGGGUUGGCUUUCGAUGAACAAGAUCUACAGUACUACACUAAACUWUUCAAGAACGAUAUYCARCGGGACCCUACAAAUGUYGARCUCUUUGAUAUUGCACAAUCGAACAGCGAGCACAGCCGACACUGGUUUUUCACUGGAAAGAUUGUUAUAGAUGGUCAACCGAUGAAUCGGACUCUAAUGCAGAUCGUAAAGAGCACUUUGCAGGCGAAUCCUAACAAUUCUGUAAUUGGGUUCAARGAYAAUUCCAGUGCAAUCAAAGGGUUUYUGGUGAAACAGUUGCGCCCUGUCRAGCCCGGUUGUACAUCUCCGUUAAGCCUGAGUAAUCGUGAUCUUGAUAUUCUGUUUACAGCCGAGACCCACAAUUUCCCGUGUGCGGUUGCACCUUACCCUGGUGCAGAAACUGGUGCCGGAGGUCGAAUAAGGGAUACACACGCAACGGGAAGAGGGUCUUAUGUUGUUGCGUCUACGGCUGGUUAUUGUGUCGGAAAUCUUAACAUCGAGGGUUCGUAUGCUCCAUGGGAAGAUGCAUCUUUUGAAUAUCCAUCAAACUUGGCUUCUCCACUGCAAAUACUUAUUGAUGCYAGCAAUGGUGCRUCAGAUUAUGGGAACAAAUUUGGGGAGCCAUUGAUUCAGGGGUACACAAGAGCGUUUGGAAUGAGACUCCCGAGUGGGGAGAGACGGGAAUGGUUGAAGCCAAUCAUGUUUAGUGCUGGAAUUGGGCAAAUCGAUCACACCCAUAUCACAAAAGGGGAACCUGAAAUCGGGAUGCUGGUCGUAAAGAUCGGUGGUCCAGCUUAUCGAAUUGGAAUGGGAGGUGGUGCAGCUUCGAGCAUGGUUAGUGGUCAGAAUGAUGCAGAGCUCGAUUUUAACGCUGUACAGCGUGGAGAUGCGGAGAUGGCGCAGAAAUUGUAUCGAGUCGUGCGUGCUUGCAUUGAAAUGGGCAAGGAUAAUCCGAUUAUAAGUAUACACGAUCAGGGUGCGGGUGGUAACUGUAAUGUUGUUAAAGAAAUUAUCCACCCAAAAGGUGCUACAAUCGAUAUUAGGGCUAUUGUGGUCGGUGAUCACACAAUGUCCGUUUUGGAGAUAUGGGGUGCAGAAUAUCAGGAGCAGGAUGCGAUUUUGGUGAAUGCCAAAAGCCGGGAACUACUGGAAUCUAUCUGUAAACGAGAAAGGGUGUCUAUGGCUGUUAUUGGAACUAUAAGUGGUGAAGGGUUUGUGCGCUUAAUUGACAGCCACGCUAUCGAAAAACCACCUGCGGUUGAUCUUGAGCUCGAAAAAGUUCUUGGAGACAUGCCUCAGAAAACAUUCGAGUUUCAUCGUGUAAAAGAUGCACGAGAACCACUUGAUAUUGCUCCCGGGAUUACAUUGAUGGAUUCUCUCAAGAGGGUAUUACGACUUCCAUCAAUCUGUUCGAAACGCUUCUUGACAACUAAAGUCGAUAGGUGCGUAACAGGUCUCGUGGCGCAGCAACAAACCGUGGGCCCCUUGCAGAUUACUCUUGCCGACGUGGCGGUUAUUGCCCAAACGUAUACCGAUUAUACCGGAGGUGCGUGUGCCAUCGGGGAGCAACCAAUCAAAGGUUUGCUGGAUCCAAAGGCAAUGGCUCGUUUAGCGGUUGGAGAAGCACUUACAAAUCUCGUGUGGGCGAAAAUUACUUCUUUGAGUGAUGUCAAAGCGAGUGGGAACUGGAUGUAUGCCGCCAAACUUGAUGGUGAAGGGGCGGCAAUGUAUGAUGCUGCCAUUGCUCUUUCGGAAGCUAUGGUGGAACUUGGUAUCGCCAUUGAUGGCGGGAAAGACAGUCUUUCAAUGGCCGCACGGGCAGGUGGAGAAGUGGUUAAGGCUCCCGGGAAUCUUGUUAUUAGUGCGUAUGCUACUUGUUCGGAUAUUACGAAAACUGUGACCGCUGAUUUGAAGCUUAAAGAUGAAGGCAUACUGCUUCAUAUUGAUUUGGCAAAAGGAAAGCGUCGCUUAGGUGGUUCGGCUCUUGCUCAGGUGUUUGACCAAAUUGGGGACGAAUGUCCCGAUGUCGAUGAUGUUGGUUACCUGAAAACAGUUUUCGAGGUGGUUCAAGAUCUUCUAACCGAUGAGUUGAUCUCGGCUGGUCAUGAUAUCAGUGACGGUGGGCUUAUUGUCAGUGUUCUUGAGAUGGCUUUUGCCGGAAACUGUGGUGCUCAGAUCAGUUUGAAUUCACAAGGAAAGAGUGUAUUCGAAACAUUAUUCGCGGAAGAACUCGGGCUUAUUCUCGAGAUUAGCAAGGCRAACCUGGAUACGGUGGCAACGAUUCUCGGGAAUCGUGGAGUUUCGGCGGAGAUCAUAGGACAAGUGACAACUGAACCAAUAAUUGGAUUAAACAUCGAUGGGAUAACUCAUUUAGAUGAGAAAAUGACCGAUGUUAGAGACAUUUGGGAAGAAACCAGUUUCCAUCUYGAAAAAUUCCAACGAUUGGCGUCUUCUGUGACCGCSGAGAAGGAAGGAUUGAAAAAUCGGCGCGAACCAUCAUGGCAGUUGUCGUUCACUCCGACAUUCACCGAGAAGAAAUACCUGAAUGCCAUCACGAAACCGAAAGUGGCGGUGAUUCGAGAGGAGGGGAGCAACGGUGACCGAGAAAUGUCCGCCGCAUUAUUCGCUUCUGGUUUCGAACCGUGGGACGUCAGUAUGUCGGACCUUCUUACCGGGUCCAUCUCGUUGUCCGAUUUUAACGGAAUCGUGUUCGUGGGCGGUUUUAGUUAUGCUGAUGUGCUCGAUUCUGCAAAAGGCUGGGCCGCUUCUAUACGGUUUAACCAGCCGCUUUUAAACCAGUUUGACGAGUUCUACAACCGUGAAAACACCUUUAGUCUCGGCGUUUGCAACGGGUGCCAACUCAUGGCUCUAUUAGGUUGGAUCCCCGGCCCUCAAGUCGGUGGAGCCAUGGCCAACAGUGGUGACACGUCGCAGCCGAGAUUCGUGCACAACCAGUCAGGCCGGUUCGAAUGCCGAUUCACGGGGGUAACCAUAAAAGAAUCUCCAGCCAUAAUGCUCAAAGGGAUGGAAGGUAGCACAUUGGGUGUUUGGGCUGCACAUGGAGAAGGAAAAGCUUACUUUCCGGAUAACGGGGUUCUUGAUGGGAUCUUAUCUUCGGAUUUGGCUCCGGUGAGGUAUUGUGAUGAUGAUGGGAAACCGACAGAAACAUACCCGUUUAAUCCAAACGGUUCUCCGCUGGGCGUGGCGGCAAUUUGCUCGGCAGAUGGGCGGCAUCUGGCGAUGAUGCCGCACCCGGAGCGGUGUUUUUUGAUGUGGCAAUUCCCGUGGUACCCGAAGCAUUGGGAUGUCGAAAAGAAAGGACCGAGCCCGUGGUUGAAGAUGUUCCAGAAUGCUCGAGAAUGGUGUUCUUGAGAGGUUAGCUUUCUCGGAAUUUAGGGUUCUUAUUUGGUAUGAAUAAAUGGAUGAUUACUGAACUUCAAGUAAGGUUUCAUUUUUGUGUUUAUCACAUGAUACUGGUUUAAAUAUAGGUGUUGAGAACCAGUAACCAUGUUUUUUUUACAAUGUGAAAAAAAUUACAUAUAUUUUCUAUAUGUAUUGUUUCACAACGUGAAAU